AACCUUUAUUAUAUAUUAAAGUAUAUAUUUAUGGUAUUACUGUUUAUACGGAAUGUAAAGAUAGGUUAAUUUCGAUUCAACAUGCACCGAACAACAUAAUCCACGUGUUAUUGUUAUCAAUCUAUUUUCACAUUGAAAUAAUACAGCAUAUAAAAAUACAUUGUGAUAUAGAUUAAUUAAACACUGUUAUUACUUAUAAUAAUGUACCAAAAGUAUUUAUUAUUUAUGUCGUAUAUCGGCACACGUUACAGAGGUGCUGCAAAAACAAUUAGAUCUAAUAAAUUAGUAGAUCUUGAUUCGAUAGAAGGAGCUAUCGAAGCAGGUUUUAUUACUGCUGCUUCACCCCAGAGUCUGUGUUUCCCAAAAGUUAGAAUAUCAAGCAGAACAGAUGCAGGUGUUCAUGCAUUAUUGAAUGCGGCAGAAAUAACAUUAGAACAUCCUAAUAAUGAAUUUUAUCAGCCUAAGUUAUUACUCCCAAGGAUUAAUUUGUGGUUUGCAAGAUGUGGUCAUGAAAUCAGGCUAACUGAUAUUUUUCCAAUUGAUAAAGAAUUUUCUUACAGAAAAGCAAAAUCACGAACUUAUUUCUACAGAUUUUUUAUUGCUAAAGAGUAUGGUCAACAUCAAGUACCAAUAGUUGAAUAUGGACGAUCUUGGCAUGUUAGAGGGAAAAAUAUUGAUUUAGAAGCAUUAAAUAAUGCUUUAAGAUUAUUCAGAGGCAAAAAAAAUUAUGCGUCAUUUUCUCCAAAGAAUAGAACAAAUAAAGAAAUAAAUUAUGUUAAAGACUUGAUGCACAUAUCGUUAGAUCCAACUCAUCCACUGAUGCCAGAAGAUCCACUGUCCAAUAAUUUUAACUUUUACAAUAUUACCAUCCAAUCUAGAUCAUUUGUUUAUAAUCAAGUACGAAGAAUGAUUGGUUGUUUAAUUGCUCUUGCAUCAGGAAGCAUAACAGAAAGAGAUAUUAAAAUAUUGUUAAAUUGUCCAUCAUACUUGAACUGGCCAAAUGAAUAUUGUGUUGCUCCACCACAAGGAUUAUAUCUUAAAUCUGUGGAAUAUGAUGAAAAAUUAUUAGAACAACAUAUUAUAAAAGUAGAGCCUAAAUGUGAAACAAUUUCUGCAGAAAAAAUAUCAGCAAUUAAUUGAUAAUACG